UUGCCUUGCAGAUGGCACAGCACGAGCUAACAGAGCCGGGUGUGCUUUCCCUCUCUUUGUCAGGACCCACCAUGUCUGACAAACCAGAUUUCGCAGAAAUUGAAACGUUUGAUAAGACCAAGCUGAAGAAGACAGAAACAAGAGAGAAAAAUCCAUUGCCCACCAAAGAAACUAUCGAACAAGAAAAGCAAAGUGAGAACGCAUCCUGAGCGUCAGAGAGAUGAUGUGACUGCUGCUUCUCCGGAGGGGUUUGGGCUUCUGCACUGGGUUUUGUUCUGUUUUGUUUCCCCUCCCUUCCACCUUCCCCUCAGUGCUCAUUAUCCAUUUCAUUUAUUUCAU